AUGAGUUCCAAAGAAAUUGAAUUUACAUCUAUAGAAAAAUUAUUAAAAAACCUUUCUAAUGAGUUCUCAAAACCUCCUGCUAUUAUCUUAAUGUGUGGGAAUUUUAAUCCCAUUCAUAAACAACAUAUUGAAAUACUUGAAAAUGCCAAACAACUUUUGGAAAAAAAAUAUGAAAUAGUUGCUGGUUAUAUUUCUCCAUCCUCUGAAAAUUGUAUUAAUGGAAAAUACAAAAAAGAAGAAAGAACACCUUUUCAACAAAGAAAAGAUAUGAUAGAAAAAAUAACAGCAAAAUCCUCUUGGAUUGAAAUUGAUACAUGGGAAGCAUUACAUUCAGAAAUUGUUGUUGUUAAUUGUUAUGAAGUUAUUACAAGAUUAACAACAUUUUUAAAUGCUAACCAACUAAUCAACAAACUUUUAAAAGAAAAACAACUAAAUAUGAAGAUAAUAUUUGUUUGUGGAUCAGAUGAAAUAUUUGAUAACAAUGUAGAAAAUUUGAAAGAUUCUGAAAUUAUGAUCUUUGAAAGAUAUUUUGAUAAUGAAAGAAUUAAUAAAUGGAAAAAUGCAUGUAAAGAUUUUUUAUGUGAAUUAUAUAAGGAAAAUUGGGAAAAUCUUGCAAAUAACAUAACUCUUAUUGAUCAUAAUAGCACAAUUAGUUCUUCUGAUAUUAGAACAUUGAUAAGACAAAACAAUAACAACUGGCAAGAAAUGUGUGAUCCAGAA